UAACAUAAGUAACGCGCGUCUCUAAAGGUCAAGUUCAAUACGUCUUUUUUUUUUCUUUAUUUCUUUAAAACAAUGAGCCGUGGAUCUGGUGCAGGUUACGAUCGUCAUAUUACUAUCUUCUCUCCUGAAGGUCGAUUAUACCAAGUUGAAUAUGCUUUCAAGGCAAUUUCCAACAGUGGUAUUACUUCUAUUGGUGUUCGUGGACGUGAUGGUUGUGUGAUUGUCACUCAAAGAAAAGUACCUGACAAGUUGUUGGAUCCUUCUACUAUCACACACGUCUUUAAGCUAACACCCAAAAUUGGUUGUGUCAUGACAGGCAUGAUUGCCGAUGCUCGUUCUCAAGUGACAAGAGCACGUCAAGAAGCUGCUGAAUUCCGUUACAAAUAUGGUUAUGAAAUCCCUACUGAUAUGCUUGCUAAGCGUGUUGCCAACAUCAAUCAAGUCUACACACAACAAGCAGCCAUGAGACCUUAUGGUGUCUCUAUGAUUUUGAUUGGUUAUGAUGAUGAAUUAGGACCUCAAUUAUACAAGUGUGAUCCUGCUGGCUACUAUGUGGGUUACAAAGCAACUUCAGCUGGUGCUAAACAACAAGAAUCAUUGAACCAUUUGGAAAAGAAAUUGAAAAAGAAUCCUGAAUUGAACAUGGAAGAUACCAUUGAACUGGCCAUCACGACAUUAUCCACAGUAUUGGCUGUCGACUUUAAAGCAACUGAGAUUGAAGUUGGUAUUGUUCAUAAAGACGACACUGAUUUCCGUACAUUAUCAACUGAAGAGAUUGAGGAUCACUUACAAAGAAUUGUUGAAAAGGAUUAAACAUUCGUGUUUGAAAUAAAAUAGGAUGUAUACAAAGCUCAUUUCGUUUUUUAUUCAAUGGACAAGUGAUGGAUAAACAGCUGUGUUUUUUUGUACUAUUGAUCUAUUCUUUUGAGAUUGAUAUUUACUCAAAUACAGUGAUUUACGUUUAAAAUUCAAGAUAGUAUGAUAUAGUCAAACAAGAAUGGGCUAUUCACUAUUAACAUUAACCAUAAAACCUUUAUUUAGUGCUGCCUGGGACAGUUCGUUACUAC